AUGACAACCCUUUGCACGAGUCCCAAUUCGCCGCCCGAGCUAUCCGGGUCCAAAUCAUCCAAAUCCUCCUCCUUUCGCUCCUCAUCGCAGCUGUCAGGCACCGACGGCAUCUUGACUGAUAUCUCAAACUUCGAAGAAAUCGGCUUGGACGAUGAUGCGGACCUGUCCUUUAAGGAUAAUCCUGUAUAUGGGCGACCCGGCGGAUUCGUACGGUCUUCAACAGCCAGGUUACAGGCCAAGUCUCCCGUUGCCACGACACGCGACUUGACAGCAGCCCCCAAACAGAUGAAAAGCCCCUACCCGCCGUUGCAAAAGCAGACCGGCAACACGCUGGGUCUCCAGGCUCGCGGGGUCUCUAAAAUAAAGACUGGGGGCAAGCGUGAUCUUAGCGGCAUCGCAUCAUCGCCGUUGCAACUUCCCAAACCUCGUCGAUCACGAUCCACCUCACCACUUCGGCUGUCAUCAAACCUAGACUCGUCACCAUCUACGUCCUUGUCACCAGACCAUGCUCGACCGCCUCUCAACCGCAAACAAUCCUGGCAACCGAAUCGCAAGUCUCUGAGGGAGCUAGAGGAGGAGUAUCAUGAUUCGGAUGAAGAGCUUCCGGAGGACGCAAGUCUGUGGAAUGUGCCCAUAUCUCCACGGCCAGUGCAGGAUCGUGCACCGUCCCGAGAUGCUAGUCCGGAUGGCCGCAGCCCAGGCCCUCGGCCCUUGCCCUUGUCACAUUCAGUCUCAGAAACAGCCGUUCCUUCGUCACAAGCAGCCAAAUCCCCAGCUGCAUCUCGGUCAAGCCGGCAGAGUACGCGAUCGGCCUCUGCAGGCCCUGAACGCGGCCAGAUAUCCCCACGAAAUCCACGUGUUUACUCGUAUAAUACCAUGAUGUCUGAUCUGUCGGAGGAGGCGAAAAUAAUAACGGAGGCUCUAGAGUUCCAUGCUGACGAACACGAGCGCAAGCGAGGAGAGAGCCUACAAAUUGCCUUGUCCUCGAAGCGAUCAAGCACGGACUCCAAGCGAGGGUCCAAGGGCAUUGAGCUACCUCCCCUGCAGAAGUCCAACAUAAUGAUCGACCCUUUGCCAAUCAGCAAAGAAAAAGAGAAGGUCCUAACACGAACGCGGCCAAGCUGGCUUCCUCCUAAAGACCAGAAGGAGGAGCGGAGGCACUUGAAGGAAUACAAGAGGAUGAUGGUGCAAUCACGGGAAGCAGAUAAGCGCAAGGCUGCUAAGGCCGCCUCGGCGAUGUGCGAGAAAGACAACACCCGGGAAGCCCUUCAACGUAUUUGGGAUGAGUACGUGUAUCCGAACUGGGAUCAUGCCGUCACCGAAACCCGUACGCGAGAGCUUUGGUGGCGCGGAGUGCCCCCGCGAGCCCGAGGAUCUACCUGGCAACGUGCCAUCGGCAAUGAGCUGGCUCUGUCCGAGGAAACAUUCAAAAAGGCGUUACUACGAGCCAAAGAUGUGAAAUCGAGGCCUGGUGGAGAUUCCGGGGAGAGCAACAAAAGGAUGCGAGAGUGGUUUGAAAUCAUCGAAGCAGAUGUGUCCAAAGCAUUUCCAGAUUUAAAGCUCUUCCAAGAAAGGGGUCCCCUACGCGAUACACUGAUCGACGUGCUUGAAGCAUACUCUAUGUAUCGGAGCGAUGUGGGUUACGUCAGUGGACUUCACACCAUCGCCGCCCUUCUUGUCCUUCAAUUCCCAACUCCUGCGUCGGCGUUUCUUGCCAUGGCCAACGCCCUCAACCGGCCACUGCCUGUGGCCUUCCUCACAUACGAUCGGGGGGCUAUGAGCCGUACCUAUUCCCUAGCGUCUGCGACGCUUCGCUAUAAAUUCCCUCGUCUUGCCGCCCAUCUCUACGAGACGCUUCAGCUCACCGACGAAGAAAUUUGGGAGCCCAUGUUCCGCUCCCUUCUCACGAACGGUCUCGACUUGGAGCGCAUUAGUCGCGUGUGGGACUGCUGGGUGUUUGAAGGAGACCGGAUUUUGAUUCGCGCUGCAGUCGCAAUUCUUGGCUGCUUGCAGCCGCAAUUGUUUGGGUUUAUCAACCCGGAUGACCAAGGCCGCACCACGGUCCAAAAAAUCCUGGGAUGGGGCCCACGGAAUAUCGGGACGAAACCGAAGGAGCGCCAUAGUGCUCCGACAGCCUCUUCGACUGGGUUCGGUGGUGGCCAGUUUGCCAAUGCCGGUACUGGGGACUACUGGAUACUCACGGGUGCCGGCGAUGAGGAUGGGUUCAUGACGGAAGUUCGGGAGGCAGGCAAGGUGCGAGGAUAG